CGGAGCGGUCUGUUCCCGGCAUGGCGGGAGGGUUCCUGCUGGAGAUCAGGCGCGGGACGCAGAGCGCCCUGGUGGUUAUCCGCCAGAGGGACCUCCCGCGGCCGCCGCUGGACGUCUGCGUGAGCGCGGACCGCCUGGAAGUGAGGAGCGGCGAGCGCUGCGAGGCGGCGGCGCUCCCGGCAGGGGUCAGGCUGGCGCCGUCCUCCUGCCGCGGCCUGCGCUGCCUGCCCGGCGAGGGCCUCCACCUGCGGCUGCGCCUGCGCCGCCUGCUGCCCGGCGCCGAUUUGGUGUAUAACUUGAGAGAAAGCCUGAAGCCCCAGAAGAGUUACGUCUUUUCCUGUCAGUCCUGUGGUGACAUCAUAGUGAAAGGCCGGAAGCUCCUCAGAGUUCUGCCUCUUCCGAGUGAAAACUGGAGCGCCUUGGUCGGAGAGUGGUGUUGUCACCCUGACCCUUUUGCCAAGGGCACUUUGUACCCUCAGCCUGAUGACUGUUUUCUUGGAGACACUUUUUUCCUGUUGAAUUCAGGAAAUGAAUCAGAUGAGCGUGACUCUUCCAUGUGCUGCCCAGACACUGAGCACCAAGCGUCUUGGAGCGGCUCCAGCUUGAAACCAAAAGGAAAUGCCAGAGUCCUUUGUAAGCGCUGCAAGACGCUGCUGGGAGAAAAGCUGUCACCAGGUACCAUGAAGUGCUACGUGACUGAGGUGCUCGUUCGGCCAGCCGAGGGGAGCUCCAGCCCAGCACCAAGGUCUCAGUUUGUGCAGAGCAUGGUUGCUCAGUGUCUGGUGGAGCUGUCCUCUGCCAGAAGCACCUUUAGAUUCGCCAUAAAAGGGGAUGAUGACAAAACCUACAUUCUGAUCUGGCUUUUAAAUUCUGACACGAUGCUGGUGGAGUCUUUAGGAAGUUCCUCAUCCCACAGAGCUUUCACACUGUUUGGAGAUACUUUCCUGCCUGACUCUGGAUCAGUGGGGCCCUGGAAUGCUGUCAAAGUGCUUUACCAGCCGUGCACUAAAAGCAGGAAUAAGGACCUUGCUGAUGCAUGGGAAAGUGAUGUUGGAGUUCAUUCCUUAAAGUUUCCAUCAGAAACAUGUUUGGAAUUGCUGCUGGUCCUGGCUCUGAGCACUGCCUCUCUGCCACCUUCGCUUCGGGCCAUGAACUCUUUUCAGUCUCCUGUUGCACUGCAGUGUGCUCUCUGAAUGGGGGUGUUAUGAGAAGCUCCUACACUGGUCCUCUCCAGUAAGACUCUGGAUGGAAGCUUUGAAGCUACUCAUGAAGCCCAGAAAG